GAGUGCGCGCAUGCGUCGUGUCAACGCGCGGGAGCGACACAAAAAUCCAAACAAUGGCGUCGUGACGGCGGUGUUUACAUGAGUCCCGUACACCUCUACGGAAUAUAACACGGAAUAGGAGGCAGGAAUAAAAGGUGAUAUCGAGUCUGCGCGGACAACAUGGCAGACGAAUUCAGCCAAUCCCUCACUCCACCGGUGUCCCCCUUUGCGGCAGACAGCCUGUGUGAGCUAGCUCCGGCCCCGCCGCCUUGUUUCUGCUGCUCCUCCACAAAGGACGACCCCACUGGAGCACUCUCCACGGAGGGAUACACUGCCAGAGGCUCGGUGAAACGGCUGCUGCUGCAUCUUGAUCCAGCCCCUGCAGAGUAUGAGACAGACACAGUGGAGAUUUUUGGCUUCCCCUGGGUAACUGAGACGGCACUGGUAGAAUCUACAAAGGUUCUCUUUGGACUCUUCAGACAAAAGGUUUAUAGGUUGGAGACCUUGGUGCAGUCCAGCUCACAUGACUUUGGUCAAGCGGGUAACCUCCACUAUGAAGCAGAUGACCUCAGACAACAGUGUGUUACAUUUCUUCAAUUUGUCAAAGUCUUCUUGCACAGAUAUCUGGAACCCUCCAUCUCCCUGGAUGCAAGUCCAUCGCACCCCUACGAGGAACUGGAGGCCCAGCUCCCCUCUGCUCUUUUGGAGGAGCUGUUUGGCAUCACUCUCCUCAUAGGACGACUCAAAGACCUGCCUACCAACGUUCAGAGUGCCUUCACUAUACAGAACCAAGGAAAGAUUUUUCCUCCCUCGUGGCAUUUGUUACACCUUCAUCUCGACAUCCACUGGUCGGUCCUGGAGAUCCUCCACCUACUUAGUUACAAGAUGCAAGGCCAGGUGGUGUAUGCCCACCAGUUUGUGAACCUGACAGGAGAGAACCUGACUGAUGCCAGUCUGUUUGAAGAGCACCUGUGCAGUCUGCUGUGUGACCUUACUGGUCUGGCCAUAGGCAAAUACAGCAAGGUGAGGCCUACAGAGGCGCUGAGCAGCAAUCACUACCUCUGCUCCUGCACCAAAGAACUGUGGGUCCUACUCAUGCACCUACUGGAAUACAGGAAGAAAGUGUUGCACACCACACAGUCUUUUUGGAGCUACAUGAACGAGUUGCUGAGGCCUCUGGUUUCAGGGAAACCUGCAGCAGAACACUUCGGUGGCCUCCCCACUCACUGCAAAGACCCUCUGGGAUUCACAUGGUGGCUGCUCACACAUUUAGCAAUGUUAGGCCAGUACAGUCGUAAUGGCACGUUCCAGAAUGAGAAAUAUCUGGACAAUAACUGGGCUUUCGUGGAAGAGUUGCUCAAGUUAACUUGCAAUCCCAAGGGAGGUCUAGCAGAGGAGCAGGUUAGGAUGCAUGUCCACUGUUGUCUCAGUCUCUGUCUGCUGUGGGAACCAAGCACCAGCGCUGUCUCCACUCUUUGGGACUAUUACAGCAAGAAUCUGAGCGCCUCCUUCACUGUGCCCUGGCUCGGGAUGUCUGGCCUGGGCACUCUGUGCAAGACGCCGCUGGCUCUGUCGGAGCAGGCCCGCAGCUGCUGCUCCCCCUCUCCCCUCCACUCUCCAGGACACACCCAGCUCUACCGCUCAGCCAACUCCUUCCACAUCUUCCUUCGAGUGUUGGCCCUGUGCCUCGCCCAGGACAGGGCUGGUGGAGUCCCACAGAGACAGAUCAAAGGAAGGAUUUACUCUAAGUUCUCCUCGAAGAAGAUGCAGGAGCUGUCGGAGGCGGGUCUCAUGAACUUCCUGCUGCUGUUCCUGGUGGUGGCCCGACAGAGCGAGCUGGAGGACGUGGCCAGCCGAGCCUGCGAGUUGCUGGGCUUUCUGCCCUCUAACUGCCCCACGGGGCACCGCACCCUUGUCUGGAGGGGACAGCUGUCACUGCUGUUGCUAUUCCAGGAGAGGGGCCUGGACGUCGGUGCCCAGGCUAGCUGGCUGGCCUCCUCCUUCAGUGAGACGGCCAAAGAGUUCUACAACAAGACCACGGAGGUCUCUCGCAGACUUGCCCUCUGGGGGCCGCUCGGAUCCUACCUGGAUGGCUUGUCCGAGGUGUUUGAGAUGAGCACCAGUCUCAGCCUAUCGGAGGAAAAGCUGCUCAACGAAGGGUUUGAUUGGCUGCUGCCCGCCUGCCGCCAGACGGAGCUGAAUUCAGCCUUGGGCUGUCUGCAGGUUGUCCUCGCCCAGCUAAGACGGGUCCAUCAGCGCAGUGUCCAGUCGGCGCCUACCACGGCCUGGGCUCCUGCCACCGGCAGUGUGGUGAAAGAGCGCCACCUAGCGGUAGCAGCGGCCCUCUGGGCGCACUUCUUCCCCUUCCUGCGCAGCCUACGCCUCUCGCAGACCCCCCCGGCACAGCUGGCAGAUGCUGCUGCGGGAUUCACCCUGCUCGCCUUUGAUCUGCCCAGCUCUGCCCCGCAAGAUCUUCAGCCCAACCCAGUCCAGUCCAUCAUGCAAUGCUUUGGCUGGGACGACAUGGUUCACCCACUUCUGGUGACUCGCUACCUGCCACAUCUGCUCCAAAACAGCGAGCUGGUGUCCUCGCUGAGCGGUGUACCGGGUUCGGCACAGAGCCUGUCGGUUAGGGCCUGGUUCCGAUGUGUUCUACAGCAGCACCUUCACAAGAACCCAGACGGGUCUGACAGCAGAACAGCUCGCGCUGUGGAGGAGCAAUUGUGUGAGCUGACCCGACUCGUGCUGAGGCUCCCUGAAGUGGACGGCCUCCUGCAGAGAGCCGGCCUCCAGCCCACAGCCACCAGACCGGAGUCCGCUUCGGCCCUGGAGAUGUUUAUCAAGGCCGUAGGCUGUGUGUACAGUGGACUGCAGGUUCUGUCCGAGCGUUCAGCCAUGGUGAGCCGAGCGCUGGACUACAUCGGAGACGUCCUGAAGCACAUCAAACCCUCUCUGGUUAGCAAGAACCAAGAGGGGCUGCAGCUGGCCUACUGGACUGUUGGCUGCAUUGUGAAGCACUGGAGCCCCCUGCUGGCCACAUCAAAAGCCCAGCAGCUGCUGUUCCGUAUCGUGGAUGGGUUGCUGCUUCCGCACAACCUCACACAGCAGGACAAAGCUCUCAGGGACAGCCUGCCGUUGUAUCUACAGGGUUUGUCGGUGGCCUCCAGCGUCUCUCAGUCGCAGGGUGCCUACCUGAAGCAGCAGCUCCGUUCUGUCACCCGCAGAUAUCUGGACCAUUUCCUCCCCGCCUCGCCUUCCGUGGGCAUCAUCGCCAACCACCCGGUGCUGCUGGGCGCCUGCGAGGCCAAUUCAAUCUCCCGGGGGGCAGCGCUGAGGAAGAUCAUCCUGGAGGUGCUCUGCGAGAGCUUCCUGCAGUUUAAAGGUUACACUCCUCCACCUCGCUUGGCCUCAUCCCUGAUGUUCCUGUCGGAGCUCCUGAGACGAAACGCCGACUCGGACCCCGCCCUCCUCACUUUGCCCCUCCCGUCUUUGCUGCGCUGCUUGAUGCUGGUCAACGAACCGCAGGUGAGAAAGAUUAGUACAGAUGCUCUACAGCUCGUGCUGGAGCGAUGUGCUGCUGCGUCUACAGACGGACCGUGUGACCAGAUGAUCACUGUCCUACGGUCGUUUGUGGAGGAGAACCAGGGCGUGUACGACAGGCAGGUGUACGGCGCCCUGGAGACAGUGGCUGUGUUAGAUCCCUCCGUGGUCCGAUCUCUCGUCCCCAGCCUGUCUCUCAGUCUGAGAAACACCGAACACCGGAGAGGACUGGGCAAGAACACCGCCUUGAGGAGUGCAUAUAGGAAGCUGCUGUCCCUCCUUGGGGAGAUUGGACAGGCUGAAAUAAGCAGUUUGGAAGUGGACUGAAAAAAAAAAGAGCAACUCCAGGACCUGCAACAGCUCCAAGAUACACAUUUCCUGAUUUGGUCGACCAUCAAAAGUGCAUUCAUCUCAUUAUUGUGAUGUAUGAAAACGAAACCACUCGCUAGAAAAACAGCACCACAUGCAACUGUGAUACAUUUCUAAGGAUAUUUCCAGAGGCCUCAUUGUUUUAUUUACUGAACUUUUACCUUUUUUUUUAAAAUCAUAAGCCGACUGUGUUCCAAUCAUGGACUGUUGAGUCUAAUAUCGCCAGGUUGUACAUAAUGUACAUAUUGUAAUUGGUAGACCAUAGUAUUAUUAUUAUUAUUAACUAAAUAAAAUGUGACAAUAAAUAUGAAUGUGCUCA